AAUUAUGGAAAAACUAUGGUUCAUAAUAAUUAAAAAGAGAAAUAUAAUGAUUAUAAAUAUUAUUGGAAUUAAGGAGAAGUAGUUGAAGCAUUAAAAAAUGAAGGGUAUAUAUUAUAUAUAUAUUAAAAGACAUAUGUUACCAAUUUGAAAGUUUUCAAAUGAGAAAUAAAAAAAAAACAUGUAACUUCUUUGUGUUGGAAUCCUCGUUAUAUGGAUUUAUUUGCUGUUAAUUUUGGUAGCUAUGAA